AUGCCUACUAACAUGCCUACCCCAGACCCCUUCGGGGACGAGCAUCGCUCGCCGAUGAUGAACCCGUCUCUUAUGAAUAGCUACAACAACCGCACUCCUUCCCCAGGCCGACCGCAGGACGGCUACCAACUUCAAGAUAAUCCUUAUGGGCAUCCUGCCGGGCAUUUGCCCAUGCCCUCUAGCGAUCAACUAGCAGACCAACCGACUUAUUCUGUCGAGAACGUCCACAAUUCCUACGCUUACGAGGGACACGGAAACCCCUACGGCUAUCAUGAAGACUACGCGGUGGACCCCGAAGCUCAUCACGAUGCGUAUUAUACUCAACCAUAUGAGCCAUCACAUACCCCACAGGAGGACUAUGACCUAGGGCAGUAUCCCGAGGCCGGCGCCUCUCCAUUCGACGACCGUGUACCUAUGCUCCAAGUUUCGGAUAACCCUUAUGGACCGGACGCCUAUUCUGCAGACUACAAGGAUGAGCCCCGACCUACCCCAAGCCCGGCCCCCAUCAAGCGCUGGAAGACCGUCAAGGAAGUUCAGUUAUUCAAUGGCAACCUCGUCCUCGAUUGCCCAAUCGCCCCGAAGCUGUUGAGCCAGGUUCCCCAUGCCGAACCUCCGGGCCGUGACGAGUUCACUCACAUGCGUUAUUCAGCUGCGACUUGCGAUCCGGCCGAUUUUUUUGAGGAGCGAUUCACGCUCCGUCAGAAGCUUUUCGCCAAACCUCGCCAUACUGAGCUGUUCAUUGCAGUUACCAUGUACAAUGAAGAUGACUUCCUCUUUGCCCGAACGAUGUCCGGUGUAUUCAAGAACAUCGACUACAUGUGCAACCGAACAAGCAGUAAAACAUGGGGUAAGGAUUCCUGGAAGAAGAUCGUGGUCUGCGUGAUUAGUGAUGGUCGUGCGAAGAUCAACGCGCGAACUCGUGCUGUGCUGGCCGGUCUGGGUGUCUACCAAGAUGGAAUUGCCAAGCAGCAGGUCAACGGCAAGGACGUGACUGCGCACAUUUACGAAUACACCACCCAAGUGGGUCUCGAAGUUAAGGGCACGCAAGUUCAUCUGAAGCCCCGGAGCGGACCGCCUGUGCAGAUGAUCUUCUGUCUGAAGGAAAAGAACCAGAAGAAGAUUAACUCCCAUCGAUGGUUCUUCCAGGCCUUCGGCCGUGUUUUGGACCCUAACAUCUGUGUGCUUCUGGAUGCUGGUACCAAGCCUGGCAAGGAUUCAAUCUAUCACCUCUGGAAGGCGUUUGACGUGGAGCCCAUGUGUGGUGGUGCCUGUGGAGAGAUCAAAGUCAUGUUGUCGCACGGCAAGAAGCUCUUGAACCCUCUCGUGGCUGGGCAGAACUUCGAAUAUAAGCUGAGUAACAUUCUGGAUAAGCCGUUAGAGUCUUCCUUCGGGUUCAUUACUGUGUUGCCGGGUGCCUUCUCGGCGUACCGGUUCAUCGCAUUGCAAAAUGACAAGAAUGGCCAAGGGCCUUUGGAACGAUACUUUCUGGGUGAAAAGAUGCAUGGUGCCAACGCUGGUAUUUUCACAGCCAACAUGUAUCUGGCCGAGGAUCGAAUUUUGUGCUUUGAGAUCGUCACCAAACGCAAGUGCCGCUGGCUCUUGCAGUAUGUGAAGUCGUCCACUGGGGAGACCGAUGUGCCCGACCGCAUGGCCGAGUUUAUUCUGCAGCGGCGUCGUUGGUUGAACGGCAGUUUCUUCGCUGCUGUUUACGCCAUUGCACACUUCUACCAGAUCUGGCGCAGCGACCACAGCUUCUUGCGCAAGUUCUUCCUGUUCCUCGAAUUCAUCUACCAGACUGUCCAGAUCAUCUUCGCUUGGUUUGGUAUCGGUAACUUUUUCUUGAUCUUCCACAUCCUUACGACGUAUCUGGGUGCUGCGGACCUCCUUGGGACGGUUGGCAAAGUCCUGGGUAUUGUCUUUGAAUGGCUUUAUCUUGCGACCCUGGUCACUUGUUUCGUCCUGGCUCUUGGCAAUCGACCUGGUGGCUCCAACAAGUUCUAUAUGACAAUGGUCUACUUCUGGAUCUUUAUCAUGAUAUACUUGUCAUUCGCCUCCAUCUUCGUCACCGUCAGGUCUAUUCAAGAGGAAGUCGCAGACAAAUCUUUCUCUGUCUCUCAACUCUUCACUAACAAGACAUUCUUCUCGAUUAUUGUGUCUCUCGGUUCGACCUACGUUAUGUGGUUUGUUGCAUCGUUCAUCUUCUUGGACCCCUGGCACAUGUUCACCUGCUUCAUCCAAUAUAUCCUGCUCACCCCAACCUACAUCAACGUUCUCAACAUCUACGCUUUCUGCAACACACAUGAUAUCACCUGGGGCACGAAGGGAGACGACAAGGCUGAAAAACUGCCUUCGGCCAACCUCAAGCCUGGUGGCAAGGUCGACGUGAACAUCCCGCAAGAUGAUGGGGACUUGAACGCUCAAUACGAAGCCGAGCUGGCAAAGUUUGCGGUCAAGCCUCCGAAGGAAGUUCAGGUUAUAUCAGAGGAGGACCGUCAAGCCGACUACUACAAGGGAUUCCGAAGUGCCGUCGUGCUGGCGUGGGUCUUCUGUAACUUUGCCCUUGGUGCCGUUGUUCUCAGCGCUGCUGGUCUGGAGAAUCUUGACAACUCGAGCUCUUCCUCGUCCAGCUCUUCUUCCAAUUCCCCCACCAAGCGAUCAAAAACCGACACGGGCGCUGACAACCGAUCUUUGAUUUAUAUGGAAGUCGUUCUGUGGAGUGUGGCCGGCCUCUCACUGAUCAAGUUCCUUGGCGCAAUGUGGUACUUGGUUGUUCGCAUGGUGAGUUUCCAUUUCUUUCCUAUCCCCCCUACGCCGAGUGGGGAACAUCUUUUUGUGUCGUUCAGCUUUGCGUCUGGUCUUUUUCAGGAUAUCCCCAAUGUUGAUACCUCGGCGGGUCCGGUC